UUUGGUGGGACCAUCUCCUCCAUAGCCAAGAAAGAAUUAUUCCCCAUCUUUACAUUCAAUUUCAACUCAUCAUACCCAUAAGCCACUCUCUCUCUCUCAUCAACGUUGGCAUUCACUCACAAACCAACUUCUUUCCAUUUCACACUAGAUAAAGUUGUUUUUUGAAUUGUUUCCUCUGUUUUUCCUUGAUUGUUCAUUUGGUGCUUGGUCUAAUACCCAAAUAGCAUUAAAAAAAAUUGAUUUUUUGGAUGAUGGAUUGAUUAUUUAUAUUUACUUAUUGGUUCAGAAGCCUGGUUUCUCUAUUUAUGGGUUGUUUCUUUUGUUUUUGGUAAUUAUGGGAAAUUGUUGCUGUAGAUGGGAGCUUUCUGUAUACAAUGCAAAAUCAGUCUCCCCGAAAGAGCAAGGUCCAUCAGGAAGACCAAUACAGGAUGAUAGAAAGCUACCUUCAAAUCCUGAAGAAGUAGAAGACCUGCGUCGUGAUUCAGCGGCAAAUCCGUUGAUUGCAUUUACGUUUGAUGAACUAAAAUUAAUCACAGAAAAUUUUAGGCAAGAUCAUUUGCUGGGUGGAGGAGGAUUUGGAAGUGUUUAUAAGGGAAUCAUUGCUAAAGAUUCUAGAGAGGAGCUUCAGCCCCUUCAAGUUGCUGUUAAGGUUCAUGAUGGUGAUAACAGUUACCAAGGCCAUAGAGAAUGGCUGGCAGAAGUCAUAUUCCUGGGGCAGCUUUCUCAUCCAAACCUGGUGAAAUUGAUUGGAUAUUGCUGUCAGGACGAACAUCGGGUGCUAAUAUAUGAGUAUAUGGCUCGGGGAAGUGUGGAAAACAAUCUGUUUUCAAGAGUGUUGCUCCCUCUUCCAUGGUCUAUUAGAAUGAAGAUUGCCUUUGGUGCAGCAAAGGGACUCGCUUUUCUUCAUGAAGCUGAAAAACCUGUCAUCUAUCGUGAUUUUAAGACAUCUAACAUUCUCUUGGACCAGGACUACAACGCAAAGCUCUCUGACUUUGGCCUUGCAAAAGAUGGACCUAUGGGAGACAAAACUCAUGUUUCCACUCGCAUAAUGGGGACUUACGGGUAUGCAGCACCUGAAUAUAUAAUGACAGGGCAUUUGACUCCAAGAAGUGAUGUAUACAGCUUCGGUGUUGUUCUUCUUGAACUUCUGACAGGAAGAAAAUCAUUAGACAAAUCACGACCAGGCCGCGAGCAGAACCUAACGGAUUGGGCUCUUCCCUUGCUUAAAGAGAGAAGGAAAUUGCUCAACAUUGUGGAUCCAAGAUUAGAAGGAGACUAUCCUAUUAAAGGAUUUCAAAAGGCGGCAAUGCUAGCUUAUCAUUGCUUGAACCGAAAUCCGAAAGCAAGACCUCUGAUGCGAGAUAUCGUUGAUUCCUUGGAGCCUUUGCAAGAACCUGAAGAUGUUCCGAACAAAAAAAACUGUGUUCACUGUGAUUAAUAAUGGUGUAGCGGAUGUCGAGUUAAAAGGAAAAGAAGAUUCAGUGUAACUGACAUGAGUCCUGUGUAUUUUGAUUUUGCCAAGUUUUCUUCUGUUUAAAAAGAGAAUUUUUUUUCUUUCUUUUUUCUUGCGUUAGAUAGCUAGCUUUUCUUGUGCGUGACUAAAAGAAAAUAAAAGUAUGCCUUCACUCCUUCCUAUU